AUGACCACCGAGGAACCGCGACAGCAGGACCAGCAGUCCCGCGCCUGGGUCUACUCGCGGCGCGGCCCGCCCGGGGCGGUGCUGGCGCUCGAGACGACGCGGGCGGCGCCGACGCUGCCGCCGCCCAACGCCGGCGCCGAGGAAUGGAUCCUGGUGCGCGUCGCCUUUGCGGGGCUCAACGUCGGCGCCGUGUGGCAGAUGCUGCUGCUGCCGGCGUGGCUGCGCGCGCCGACCCCCGGGGAGGCCGGGCCCGGAUCGGCGACCGGCGGCGGCGGACACGGGAAUGCAACAACAACAACAGCAGCAGCAGCAGCAGCAGCAGCAGCAGCAGCAAGCGUGCCCUCGCGCUUCCGCAAGGGCGACAAGAUCCUCGCCAUGGUCCCCGCAAGCCUAGCCCUAUCAACGGGCACGGGCGCGCUGGCCACGACGGUGGCGCUGCCCGCGCGGUGCGCCGUGGCCAAGCCGGCGGCGACGAGCCUCGCCGACGGCGCCGCGUGCCUGCUGGCGGGCAUGACGGCGCGGCUGCUGGUCGCGGCCGCGGGGCUCCCCCUCGACCAGCACGGCGGCAGAGACGGGGGCCGGGGCCAGGACCCGCCGCGGCGCGUGCUGGUCAACGGGGCCAGCGGCGGCGUCGGCUGCCUCGUCGUGCAGAUGGUGCGCCGGGCCGUGGGCGAUGCCGGCCGCGUCGUCGCCGUCUGCAGCGGGCGAAAUGCCGAGCUGGUGCGUAGCCUGGGGGCUGAUGAGGUCAUCGACUACACGCUCUACAAGGACGCACCGGGCCUCGCCGCCCACCUCGCCACCCGCUUCCCUUCUUCUUCUUCUUCUUCCUCCUCCUCCUCCUCCUCCUCUUCCUCAUCCUCCUCCGGCCCCCCCCUCUCCGCCGUCAUCGACACCCUCGGCUUCCAGCCGCUAUACCUCGCCUCGGCGUCCUUCCUGGCCCCCAGCGGCGUCUACGCCUCCGUGGGCAUCAAGCCGCCGCGCUUCGCCCUGCCCGACUUCCUCGUCGCCGUCGCCCGCAUGAAGCUCAACGAGUGGUGGCCCACGGCCCGCUGGCUCGGCGGCGUCGGCCGUCCCUGGCGCGCCGUCGCCAUGCUGAGUCCCUCGCUCCAGGAUCGCCGCGACGUCGUCGACCUCCUCGCCGCCGCCGCCGACGACGACGACUCGCGCCCGCGCCUGCGCAUCGUGCGCGACUCCGUCUGGCCCUUUGAGGAGGCCGUGGCCGCGUAUGAGAAGCUGGCUCGGGGCCAUGCGAGGGGAAAGAUUCUCGUCAAGGUCGACCCCCUUGUUGGCGACGAUGAGUGCUGA